GAUUCUCUUGUUAUACCAUCCAUCUCUUUUUUUCUUCAUAAAAUAAUAAAGUUGGCAAAUUUGCAAUUCCCUCAAGUUUCUAAAAGCACACGUUUGUGGAUAUUAGCAUUUGGUUCAUCAAAAUUUUCUAAACAACUCUCAAAUUUAUUUGAUAUCCUUUGCAAGAUGACAGCUCCUACUGGGGAAAAUUCGACAGAAAGCAGUUCUUCAUCUCUCGCAACACUUGCUCCCCUUCAAGCAGUUCUAUUUGACGUAGACGGAACUUUAUGUGAUUCAGAUCCUCUUCACUAUUAUGCCUUCCGUGAAAUGCUUCUAGAGAUAGGCUACAACGGCGGUGCGCCAGUUGAUGAGGAGUGGUACAUCAAGACUAUUGCUGGGAAACACAACGACGAUAUUGCUUCUGCCCUUUUCCCUGAUGAUCAGGAACGGGGCAUUAAAUUCUGUGAUGACAAGGAAGCUAUGUUUAGAAGGAUGGUGAACGAGCAGUUGAAACCUAUAGAUGGUCUGUACAAGGUGAAGAAAUGGAUUGAAGACCGUGGGCUGAAACGGGCUGCAGUUACCAAUGCGCCUAGACUAAACGCUGAACUGAUGAUAGAAAAACUUGGCCUAAAGGAUUUCUUUGAUGUGAUUAUUAUUGGAAGUGAGUGUGAGCGCACAAAACCAAAUCCUGACCCGUACUUGAAGGCCCUUGAACUGCUUCAGGUGUCAAAGGACCACACAUUCAUAUUUGAGGAUUCUUUUUCGGGAAUAAAAGCAGGGGUGGCAGCUGGGAUGCCUGUUGUUGGCUUGGCAACCCGAAAUCCACCUCACGUACUUAUGGAAGCAAAACCUGCUUUUCUUAUUAAAGAUUAUGAAGAUGCGAAGCUAUGGGCAGCUCUAGAGGAUAUCGACAAAAAGUCAGGUGCCACAACAACCACAGUCUGAGACGUAUGCAUACUAGGUGAAAUAUCUGUUAUUGUUGUUGAAGUGGAACUCAACAGAGUUAAUUGGACUUGCUUCAUCGAAGCCUUGGAUUUUCUUUUCAUAAACAUAAAGAGGGAAAUGGUAUUAUCAUUAUUUUUCUUCCGUAAAAUCAGAUUGAUAGGUCCAACAGUUGAUACCGAUUUAAGGAGUACUAUAUGAAAACUGGCUAUGGUGACUGUUCAUUGACCAUAGCUUGUUCAUUGACGUCCCGUUCGGUUUAAUAGUAGCCUUUAUAAUUCACUCCACCAUACUUGUAGACCUUGAGAACAAAAGAGUUUAUAAUUUAUAAUAACUUGUUUAUUAUACUCUAUGA